AUGCCGCUGGGUCUCGCUCCCUCCGUAAAAGCAGAGGGUGUGCUGCCUCGUUGUCCCACGACGCUGUCCUUUGCUUCCUCUUCGCCAAGCGCCCAAAGCGCCGCUGGCGCCGCUAAUGGCGGCGACACCACCAGUCUCUGGCGCCGCCUCGAGCAGUUGGAACGGGUGGUGCUGGCUCAAUCGGACGAGAUCGCCAUCCUCAAAAAGGCAGUGGCGCUGGCGCCGCUGACCACGGCGCCACUGGCAGUGCUGCUGCUGCUGACCCCCGUGUUGCUUCGGGCGCUGACGAUGACACCCCAAACACUAGGCGCUGACGAUGCCGAUGUGAUUCGCCUUCUAAAACACGAUAUCGACACCAAGCUCCGCCACACCCACUUGGACCCGCUGGAGCUUUCCCGCUACAUUGACGCCCACACGACGCUGGCAAUCCUCGACCAGGUAAAGACCUACUUCCCGCGGCUCGUCGUCGAUGCGCCACCGCCGACGUUUGUGGCGCUGGAGUUCUUUGAGCUCCCCAUUAUCGACCAGCUGUUGGUGAUCGAGACGUUUAACGACCCUGGCAUCGGCGAUAAGCUCGAGCUGAUCCAGCAGUUGUUUCAAACGACCCAGGUUCCCUUCCACUAUUGGGGGUUUUAUGGCGUCACCUACCUCGGUGACUUGAUCCGCCUGGGGCUAGAACCGCUGCCGCUGUGGCCUGAGUUUUUGGAAUAUUUGUUUCAAUACCGCCAGUUCUACGAAGAGGACUUGCACCACAUGCACGUGUGGCUCCAUACCCGGCCAAAACGGGGCCAGCCAGUGCUCCAGUUUGUGUCGCGAUAUAAGCAGCGAGCGGCACACUAUAAGGAUUUCCCGGGUAAGUUUACCCUUGAAAGAGACCGGCUUGUGUUCUGGCUCAAACGGAGCUUCCCCGAACGAGUGGCAGCAGUGGAGUUCGAACAAGUGGUCCACCGCGACCCCUUCUACCAUAGCGUCGUGCAAAUGUUCUCCGCCAACGAAAGUUUUAAUUGA